AAAAUAUGAUGAAUACUUUUUGGUUCUGUCAUGAAAUUUAAGUUUUUUAAUUGUGUAGUGAUUAUGGAUAUUUUCUGAAGAAAUGUCUUCGUUAACGUCCACGGAAUUAUCAGCAACUCAGGAGGAAUCGGAUAGUUCCAAAUUAAACGUAAAUACGAUCGAUAGCCAAAUUAUUGUAGAAAAUAAUUGCACGGAUGUGAUUGCCCCUAAAUGUGAGACGACGGCGGACAUGUCACCAUCGGUCGCCAUGAACGUGAAAACCCAAGUCCUACCGUUAGUUUACAUCCAGAACAACACCAAGGUCCCCUUCUCUCCGAUCAACAAAUCGAAUAACCUACCGCAAGUACAAGUAGCCUCCGUAACGUCCAACGGGAACAAGAACAACGCCGUCACCACCGUAGCCUCCAACCAGAACCUAAUACUAACAGGUAGACCCCAUUCGUUGGUAAUACAAAAAAACUCCGCAAACGUUGUACCUCUAGUUCCGGGCAGCACGAAAAUCGCCAGCGUCAUCACCAUGUUGAAAUCCAAUAGCCCGGAAACCAACAAACUGAACAGCUUCCACAUAAACAACAGCCUGCCGUACAUACCGAAGCUGAACAGCUCGAUUCGCCGAAGCGCCGGCUCGGUUAUCCAGCCACAGCAAAAGCUAGUGUUGGCCCCCAUGCCUAAGCUCGCGACCAACAGGCCCCCGGCCACGGCGACCACCAAUUGUGUUCAACCCAAGCUGGCCAUCCUGCCGAUGCCCGUACCGAACACCGAACCCGUAGUGACCAAACCGAAGGUGUACGGUAGCAUAAAAAUCAACGACGGGCAACUGCAAGUCGACGCUUUGGAAGUCACUUGCGAUAGCAUAUCGAACGAGAAUAGUACAGAUGCGGAUAGCAAUAGCGGCGAGAACUUGGUGUGCGAUGAGGUCAUCGAUUUAGUGAGCCCCGAAAGGAACGAUCUCAGCAAUAAAACCUACGAACUCAGCAUCACCGAGGACUCGAUCGGUUCUCAAAACGAUGUAAGAACGUCCGCGGUGUUAGCCAAGCCUUCGGGGCAGGACUCGAUCAAAUUACCGAAACACGUUUCCAUAUUAAAAAAGAAUUUAAAUUUCACGGAACUCGUCGAGAAAUCCGGCAAUUUCGUUAUUAAUAACAAUCUAACCUCGAUUUCAGACGGCAAAGAACCUUCGAUAUCGAAACCCACCAAGAGCGAAUCGGGCAACAUCGUCAUAACUAUACCGGCGGUAAAUAGCGCGAACAACGCGAACCCCAAGCCCGAGAAGGAGCGACGGAGAAAAUCUACGUUAACUUACAUGAAGGAAUACGACGAAAUGGAAAUAAUUACCACGCAAUCGAUAGCCAAACUGAAUCUGGAAGACGCCAAGAAGAGCCUAACGAGCGAAGUCGAAAUCGAACUCGUCAAAGAAAAACCGGCCAUGAAGGUAGACGAUUGCGACCUGCAAAAAGUCCUAAAUUGGGACGAUGGGAUAGGCACGUUGCCGGGCACAAACAUCAAAUUCAUCGUCAACGAAUUCAACCUGGUGGAAUACAUCACCGACGACGAGUACAAAACCAUCAUAGAGAAGCGAAUGACCAAGGCGAAGGAGAAAAUGAAAGCGGCCGAAUUCCAAGAGGAGAUGCGCUGCUUGGAGUGCGGCUGCUACGGCAUGUCCUCCGACUUUUUCAACUCGAAAUUUUGCAGCUACGACUGCCAAGACGCCUUCCAAAACAAAACCAAAAAGGAGAAAACCGACAAGUACAAGAAGAAACGGAAAAAGGCGAAAGUCGAACCGCCGGACGUCGCGAAAUCGGACAAACCGGACGAGGAGAGCGAAGAGGACUCGAUCGACAACACCUCCCAGGACAAAUUCAUGUCGUACCCUUGGGCGUGCAAGAAGAAAGGUUUCUCGUGGUCCAAAUACUUGGAGCACGUCAAGGCCAAGCCGGCGCCCGUCAAACUCUUCAAAGAUCCCUUUCCGUACACGCGCAACGGCUUCCGGCCCGGCAUGAAACUCGAAGGCGUCGAUCCGCAGCAUCCCUCCUACUUUUGCGUACUGACCGUCGCCGAGGUGGUCGGGUACAGGAUGCGUUUGCACUUCGACGGCUACCCCGACAACUACGAUUUUUGGUGCAACGCCGACAGCAUGGACGUGUUCCCGAUGGGAUGGUGCGAGAAGUACGGCCACGUCCUCCAGCCGCCCUCCGGCUACAAAGUGGACAACUUCAAUUGGGUGCAGUACUUGAAGCACACCAAAUGCACGGCCGCCCCGAAGCAUUUGUUCGCCAACAGAGCCGGACAGGCUAUUUGUCCGAACGGGUUCAGGGUGGGUAUGAAGCUGGAAGCCGUGGAUCGAAAGAACACGUCGCUGGUGUGCGUGGCUUCCGUUAGGGAUAUGAUGGAUAAUCGGAUACUAGUGCAUUUCGAUAGCUGGGACGAUAUAUACGAUUAUUGGGCCGAUCCGACGUCGCCUUACAUCCAUCCGGUGGGUUGGUGCGAUCAGUACGGGCAUAAUCUCACGCCUCCCAACGAUUAUCCGAAUCCCGAGUCGUUUUCGUGGGAAGUGUAUUUGAAGGAGACCAAGGCGACGCCGGCGCCGGUGCGGGCGUUCAAGCAGCGUCCGGCGUGCGGUUUUAAAAGGGGGAUGAGAUUGGAGUGCGUUGAUAGGCGGGUGCCUCAGCUAAUCAGAGUGGCGACCGUCGAUGAUGUCAAAGAGCACCAGAUUCGCAUCCAUUUCGACGGUUGGCCCGAUAGAUAUAGUUAUUGGGUGGACGAUGACAGUCCCGAUAUACAUCCGAUGGGUUGGUGUCAGAAAACCGGGCAUCCCAUCGAGCCGCCUUUGACUCCCGAUGAUGUGUACGAUUUUUUGGAGUGUCCGACGGUAGGUUGUAGAGGUCAGGGUCACAUAAAAGGGCCGAAGUUCCAAACGCAUUCCACCCCGAAGCACUGUCCUUAUUCGGAUGAGAAUUUAGAUGUCGAUAAGAUUGUGCCGGAUAGGUUGCUCAGUCCGGAUCGAAGCCCCGAAGCUGUAAUUCCGGUUUCAAGAGAACCGAAGGAUUGCAAAAUUAAACCUAGAUUAGGUCGCCCUCCGAAGCAUCCCCGUCCAGAACCUAAGCUAGAACCGACCAAGCCACCCCCCGAAUGUAAGGAGGAAUCGCCGCCUCCGGAGAAGAAGUUGAAGAGGAGCAAUUCGCAUUACCAAAAGAAAAUUAAAGUGGAAUUAGGUACAAAAUCGCCGGAAGGUAAAGCGUUGGAAUUCAUAAACGAUUCGAAUAUUCAACCGGCCGAGCGGGAAACGUGGCAAAAGCAUUCCGAAUUUCUGCAAAAAUUCGUCAAAAACGAAGUCGAUCCUCGUUUUUGGACCUACAAAGAGGUGGUGAAUUUCGUAUCGAAAUUGCCGAGUUGUGCGUGUUACAGUGAUAUAUUUAUAAAAGAAAAAAUCGACGGGGAGGCGUUCUUGUCGCUCAAUCAAAGGGACGUUGUAUCGAUUCUAAAAAUGAAAAUGGGCCCCGCUAUUAAAUUGUACAAUAGUAUUAUUUUGUUGAGGCAGCAAGUGCAUAAAAAAGUGUUCACGUGAAGUAUUAUAUAGGAAAAAACUUACUUUUUAUUUCUAAUUUUUUUAAUGUUAACGAAUUAUUCAAUUGUACAUAGCCCUGGACAUAGAUUUAUUUUACUGAAAUACAUAUAACUUUUCAUUUUCUAUACAACGGGUUUUAUUAGGACUGAUAGGUCCAACAACCAUCAAACUAUUAGCUAUUACAUAUAUCACAAAAAACUAUGCUAUAUAUAGAGAUUUUUCAUUUAGUUUUUGAGCUUUGGUCGUUAUCUUCCCACGGUCUUGGCCCUCUAACUUGCUCCCAGUUAUCGAUGUCCAUAUUUUUGAUUUUUUCAUACUCGCUUUCUAACGUCACUUCUCC